UUCAGUAUUCAAUUCUUUUGGAUCUUCAGAUUUUCUUUUGGAGAGAGACAGAGCCAGAAGCGAUUUAAUAUUGUUGUUCUUCAGCUGAGAUUCUUACUUCGUGUCACCGUUUGAUCUUUUUCGUUUUAUGUUUAUUUGAUUGAUUUCUUCAUUUGUUCUUCUUCGAUUUUCAAGGAGUGAGUUUAGUUACAACUAACCGAAAGACAUGAACGAAGAAGAUCUGAUUGCAUCUGUUAAGAACCGUUAAAGUUGAUAUGGGUCAACCUGUACUUAAAGCAUUGGAUGUACCUACCAAAUUACCAGCCAACAAGGACCAAGCUGUGGUGAAGGCAGAACUUGAAAUUGUUGGUGCAACCUGGAAUGUGACAUGUGUUAGCAUGGGAAAUCCUCAUUGUGUUACUUUCUCCACAAGUGAAUGCAAGAAUUGUGCAAGUGUUAUCUCGUUUCCACCUGAAAAUGCGAGUCUGGGAGCGUGGUGCAAGAGCAACACUAGCAUGUGGAAAGCACGGUGUACAAGUUAGUGCACCAUGGAAAAAAAUGAAGGGAUAAGCUUAUGUUUGCGUACAAAUGAGGGCGUAAGCUUAUGACGGCUAGGUUACAAUAACACUUCCUUUCUCAUUUUUUUUUUGGUUCCCAGGUUUCAUUUGGUAUUAACAAUUUAACAUUAUUGAUAGUUUGAUUUUGCUAGAAUGACUGAUUAUGGAGGUGAGUGGCCUAGUGCUCAUGCAACUUUCUGGUACUAUGAAUAAGAUAACAAACUUUAUAAAUGUAAGGUUUCAUGUGGUCAGUGUUUCAUUUUCUUUAUAAAGUUUCGGGAAAUUUCGUUU